AUGAUGAUGAUGAUGAUAAAUCCAACACUUAUUACAAAUGAUCGAUAUUCAUCAAAUAAAAUUACACGAAAUAAAGAACAAGUGAUCGGAGCAGUUAUGAUAGCUGAACAAUGGAAUCAUGCUCAGCGAUGUCAAUUAAUCGAACGAUUAUUACCAUUAUGUAAUACGGUUCAACUUGAUAUGUUAUGGACAGUUUUACAACCUUCAUUACAUCGUGAUUAUUUCUAUGCUGUUAAAUCACGUUAUCCUAAUUAUCAUUUCAAACGAAUAAGUACACCCGAUAGUCGAUUACUUAAAGAAUAUUAUAGUCGACGUUUCGAUCGAGAAGAUAGCUUCUACCUUAGUGCCAUCAAUGAUCUUCGAGAAUUUCGUGAUGAUGAUGGUCUCACAAGGAAGUCACAAUCAUCAUUCGCACAGUAA